CGGCGUUCGGCUGAGCGCGCCUGUCGCACAAUGAAUGGCCGCUGAGCGCGGCGGGGACGGGGACGGGCACCGGCAGCGGCACCGGGAGCGGCCGGAGCCGCAGCGCAGCGCCCCCCCGGCCUCCGGCCCCCGUCGGCUCCCGCGAUGGCUCAGACGCUGCAGAUGGAGAUCCCCAACUUUGGGAACAGCAUCCUGGAGUGCCUGAACGAGCAGCGGCUGCAGGGGCUGUACUGCGACGUCUCGGUGGUAGUGAAGGGCCACGCGUUCAAGGCGCACCGGGCCGUGCUGGCCGCCAGCAGCUCCUAUUUUCGGGACCUUUUCAACAGCAGCAAGAGCGCGGUGGUGGAGCUGCCAGCCGCCGUCCAGCCCCAGUCCUUCCAGCAGAUCCUCAGCUUCUGCUACACAGGACGGCUGAGCAUGAACGUGGGCGACCAGUUCCUGCUGAUGUACACGGCCGGCUUCCUGCAGAUCCAGGAGAUCAUGGAGAAGGGGACUGAGUUCUUCCUCAAGGUCAGCUCGCCCAGCUGCGACUCGCAGGGGCUGCACGGCGAGGAGGCACCCUCCUCCGAGCCCCAGAGCCCCGUGGCUCAGACCUCGGGGUGGCCCUCGGGCGCUGCCGCCCUGCCCCUGGUCUCGCGGGUGAAGACGGAGCAGGGAGAGCCCGAGGGGGUGCAGUGCACCUUCGUGGUCAAGCGCCUCUGGGAUGGCGGCCCCAAGGACGGCGCCGCCGGCGGCAAUGGCAGCCGUAAGAUGGCCAAAUUCUCCGCGCCCGAGCCGGGACGCCAGCCGCAGCCCCCAGCCCCAGCGGCUGCAGCGGGGCCAGCCCCAGCGGCAGCGGCGGCGGCAGCGCCCGGCCCCAGCGCGGCUGACCAAACCAGCCCCGGCGGCACGUCCAGUGCCUACACGAGCGACAGCCCCGGUUCCUUCCACAACGAGGAGGACGAGGAGGAGGACGGGGGCGAGGAAGGCUCGGACGAGCAGUACCGCCAGAUCUGCAACAUGUACACCAUGUACAGCAUGAUGAAUGUAGGGCAGGCAGCCGCCGAGAAGGUGGAGGCGCUGCCGGACCAGGCCACCUCGGAGUCACGCAACCGGGUGCGGGUGCGGCAGGACCUGGCCUCGCUGCCGGCCGAGCUCAUCAACCAGAUCGGGAACCGCUGCCACCCCAAGCUCUACGACGAGGGAGACCCCGCCGAGAAGCUGGAGCUCGUCACAGGCACCAACGUCUACAUCACGCGGGCGCAGCUGAUGAACUGCCACGUCAGUGCGGGGACGCGGCACAAAGUCCUGCUGCGGCGGCUCCUGGCGUCUUUCUUUGACCGCAACACCCUGGCCAACAGCUGCGGCACGGGCAUCCGCUCGUCCACCAAUGACCCGAGCCGAAAGCCGCUGGACAGCCGGGUCCUGCACGCCGUCAAGUUUUACUGCCAGAACUUCGCGCCCAACUUCAAGGAGAGCGAGAUGAACGCCAUCGCCGCCGACAUGUGCACCAACGCCCGGCGCGUUGUGCGCAAGAGCUGGAUCCCGAAGCUGAAGCUGCUGAUGGCCGAGGGUGACUCCUACACCUCCUUCAUCAACGACACCGGCAAGCUGGAGCCCGACAUCAUGGGCCCCGAGCCGGCCUUUGAGGCCGCUGGCCACGAGGGCGAGGCAGGUGCCCCCGGGGAGGGUCUGCAGUGACCCCCACCCCCCUGCCCCGGGGACCCCCGCCGGUGCGGGGACCCCGACCACAUAGGGAACCCCUGUGGUAGGGCCCCUGCAGCUGGGUGAGGGUCCCUGUCGGUGGUGGGACCCCCCCUGCGCUGGGUAGGGGGACCUGUGGUCGUGGAGGGGGCCCGUGUGGGUGUAGGGGACCCCCCCCCCCCCGACUCCAGGCGGGCACCCCCUUGGGGCAGGGACCCCCCAGGGGCAGGGGAGCCACCGGGGAGGGCACCGUGCCACUGUGGGGCCCCUGGCUGUGGGGUCCGGUCCCCUCCCCACGGGGUUUAGGAUUUGGGGAGGGGGUGGCAGUGGCUCAGCUCAGCCUGGCUGCCCCCUCCUCCCCCCCUCUGCCCCCCCCUCCCAAGCGGUUUCAGGGGGCUGGGGGGGCCGGGGCACACUCAGCUCGGGCUUUCCUUCCGUGCCGUAAACGGCAGGAGUUGACGAGGUCCCGUAUCCCCUCCCCGGGGGCGUCAGCGUCUCUCCUGGCCCCCCACCCCACCCAGGUCCCCAAUGUUGUCUCUGGGCCCUCCACAUCUCCUCCCCCCCCCCCCCAGGUGACGUUUCUCCAGGCACCCGCGUGGGUCCCCUGUGUCCCCUCCCCGGGGCCACUGUCUCUGCAGGCAACCGCAUGUGUCCCCCCCCUGUGUCCCGUGUGUGUCCCCCCCGCAGCCCAGGGACCAGCAUCUCUCUGGGCAACCCCACGCGUUUGCCUCAG